AUGACCUACAGCCCGCCCCCGCCCCCGCCCCGCGCCUCCCGCGCGCAACCCAGCCCGCUGCAAGAAACCCCCCCGGAGCCAAUCCCAGAAGCAGAAGACGCCGCGCAGUUGUACAAGAAUGACGCCGCAAAUCACACCCCUGGCUUCCGCGCCCGCCUGGCCUCCUGCUACGAGCGGAAUCUUGGGCUCGUGCUCGUGUUUCUCGCGCAGACUUGUGGCUCUGUCAUGAAUACGGCUGCGAAGCUGCUGGCGACCGGGUAUGAGACUAAGUUCCACGCUAUGCAGAUCAUUUUCAUUCGGAUGCUGUGUACGACUAUCUUGGGGGUGGCGUAUAUGGCGUAUAACAAGACGCCUGAUUGUCCGUUGGGGCAGAGGGGGAUUCGGGGACUGUUGGUUUUCAGGGGGGUUUGUGGGUUUGUGGGGUUGUUUGGGCUUUAUUAUUCCCUCUCCUGGCUGAACAUCUCGGAUGCCACGGUGAUUACGUUCGUCAUCCCGACUCUCACGGCACUAGUCUGCUUUGUCUGGCUGCGCGAACCCUUCACCAUCCGCGAAGCCCUCGCAGCGCUAAUCGCCUUCUCCGGCGUCCUGCUCGUUGCGCGCCCCACCUGGCUUUUUCCCAACCCGCCCGUGGAUCCCAUCACCGGCGAUCCAGAGCCGAGCGAAGUCGUUGCUAACAUCCUCGCGUUCGUCACAUCCGCGCCGGCUACAUCACCGACCCCCAUCUCCCCCGCCCAGCGAACCCUGGCUGUCCUCGCUGCCAUACUAGGUGCGUUCGGGGCCUCGACAGCAUACGCCACGAUCCGCGUCAUCGGGAAGCGCGCUCACUCCUUGAUCUCUGUAAACUACUUCGCCGGCAUCGCGACCCUCGGAUCCUUCCUCACGCUGCUCAUCCACCCAGACCUGCACUUCGUGAUGCCCGCGUCCGCAGGACAAUGGGCGCUGAUCGCCGUAAUCGGGCUCACAGGAUUCCUCCUGCAAUUCCUCCUCACCGAGGGACUGCAGCGAGAGAAAGCGGGGCGGGCGACGAAUCUGAUGUACUUGCAGCUCGUGUUUGCGCUGGUUAUUGAAAGGGUGAUCUGGGGCACGACGCCGCCGUUGGAGAGUCUGGGUGGCGCGGUGCUGAUCAUUGGGGCGGCGGUUUGGAUUACGCUGCAGAAGAACGCUGGGGUGAAGGAAGAGGUGAAGGGGAAAGGGAAGGUUGUGGACGAGGAGAGUAGCUUGUUGGGGCGUGAUGAGGAGGGGAGGGAGAGGUGA